CAAAGGUCACCACCCUUUAAGCCUGAACUGUGCUUAAGUGAGGGAGCCUUGUGACGCUCUCAGCAAGACUCUAGCUGAGCCGAAAUGGACAAGGCUGAGCAACCCCCGCACCCAGUCCCAGGAUGAAACCAGUUUAGCCAGGGAAAGAUCACCUCUGCUCCCUGUAUCUACCUCUGAGCAUUAGAUCCUGUGACGGGACCCCAUGGAUGCGGCUGGGGCCCCCUGCUCCAGCCGGGAGGCGCUGGCAAGGGAGCUGAUUCUGGCCGCACUAGAAGACUUGAGCCAGGAGCAGCUAAAGCGCUUUCGCCACAAGCUGCGGGAUGCGCCCCUGGAUGGCCGGAGCAUCCCUUGGGGGCGACUGGAGAACUCAGACGCCGUGGACCUCGUCGACAAGCUGACCCAGUUUUAUGGGUCAGAGCCAGCCGUGGAUGUGACCCGAAAGAUCCUGAAGAAGGCGGAUGCUCGAGAUGUGGCGGUGCGGCUCAAGGCGCAGCAGCUGCAGCAACUCGGCCCCAGCUCAGUGGUUGUCUCCCUGUCGGAGUACAAGAAGAAAUACCGCGAGCACGUGCUUCUACAGCACGCUAAAGUGAAGGAGAGAAACGCCCGCUCCGUGAAGAUCAACAAGCGCUUCACCAAGCUGCUUAUCGCUCCGGGGAGCAACGCCGUGGAGGAUGAGCUGCUGGGGCCGUCGGAGGAGCCGGAGCCUGAGCGCGCGAGGCGCUCGGAUACGCACACCUUUAAUAAGCUCUUCCGGGGAGAUGACGAGGGCCUGCGGCCGCUGACCGUAGUACUACAGGGCCCGGCGGGCAUUGGCAAGACCAUGGCCGCCAAGAAAAUCCUCUAUGAUUGGGCUGCCGGCAAGCUAUACCACGGCCAGGUGGACUUCGCCUUCUUUAUGCCGUGCGGCGAGCUGCUGGAGAGUCCGGGUACGCGCAGCUUGGCAGACCUGAUCCUUGACCAGUGUCCGGACCGCAAGGCUCCGGUGCGGCAGAUACUGGCGCUUCCCCAGCGCCUACUGUUUAUCCUGGACGGUGCAGACGAGCUGCCUGCUGUUGGAGCCCCGGAGGCCGCCCCCUGCAAAGACCCUUUCGAGGCUACAAGUGGCUUGAGAGUUCUGAGAGGACUGCUGAGCCAGGAGCUGCUGCCCUUGGCUCGCUUGCUGGUGACUACACGCAAUGUCGCCCCAGGGACUCUGCGGGGCAGACUGGGCUCGCCACAGUGCGCAGAAGUACGCGGCUUCUCAGACAAAGACAAGAAGAAGUAUUUCUUCAAGUUCUUCAGGGAUGAGAGGAAGGCAGAGCGCGCUUACCGCUUUGUGAAAGAGAAUGAGACGUUGUUUGCGCUGUGCUUCGUGCCCUUCGUGUGCUGGAUCGUGUGCACGGUGCUGCAGCAGCAACUGGAGUUGGGCCAGGAUCUGUCUCGUACCUCCAAGACCACGACAUCGGUGUACCUGCUCUUCAUCGCCAGCAUGCUGAAGUCUGCAGGCACCAAUGGACCCCGGGUGCAGGGAGAACUGCGCACGCUGUGCCGUCUGGCCCGGGAGGGCAUCCUGAAGCAUCAAGCACAGUUCUCAGAAAAUGACCUGGCGCAGUUGAAGCUUCAGGGCUCUCAAGUUCAGACAUUGUUUCUCAGCAAGAAAGAAGUGCUGGGCGUUCUAGAAAAGGAGGUCACCUACCAGUUCAUUGACCAGAGCUUCCAGGAGUUCUUGGCUGCAUUGUCCUACCUACUGGAGGCUGAGGGGGCUCCAGGGGCACCUGCGGGAGGUGUGAAGAUGCUCCUGAACUCUGACGCAGAGUUGCGUGGUCAUCUUGCACUCACCACCCGCUUCCUCUUCGGACUGCUGAGUGCAGAAAGGGUUCGUGACGUUGAACGUUAUUUUGGCUGUGUGGUGCCAGAACGCGUGAAACAGGACACCCUACGGUGGGUACAAGGACAGAGCCACCCCAAAGUGGCUCCAGUAGGGCCAGAAAAGAAUGAUGAGCUGGAGGACACUGAGGAACCAGAGGAGGAUGAGGAGGACCUCAACUUUGGACUGGAACUGUUGUACUGCCUGUAUGAGACACAAGAGGAUGCUUUUGUUCGCCAGUCUCUCACCAACCUUCCAGAGAUAGUCCUGGAGCGAGUUCGGUUCACCCGCAUGGACCUCGAGGUCCUGAGCUACUGCGUCCGGUGCUGCCCAGCUGGUCAGGCUCUGAAACUGGUCAACUGUGGGCUGGUGGAGGUAAAGGAGAAGAAGAAAAAGAGUCUGAUGAAGCGGCUGAAGGGUUCUCAAAACACCACGAAACAACCCCCAGUCUCCCUGCUGCGUCCACUCUGUGAGGCCAUGACGUCCCAACAAUGUGGCCUGCAUAUCCUGAUCUUUUCACGCUGCAAACUACCUGAUGCAGUUUGUCGAGACCUCUCUGAGGCCCUGAAGGUAGCUCCUGCUCUCAGGGAGCUGGGUCUUCUCCAGUGUCGGCUCACUGAGGCAGGCCUGCGUUUACUGAGUGACGGACUGGUUUGGCCCACGUGCCAGGUGCAGACACUCAGGAUGCAAAUGCCUAACCUCCAAGAAGCAAUCCAGUACUUGGCCAUCCUGCUCCAGCAGAGCCGGGUCCUGACCACCCUGGAUCUCAGUGGCUGUCAGCUGCCUAACUACAUGGUGUCCUGCCUGUGUUCAGCCCUGAAACACCCUAACUGCUGCCUAAAGACACUCAGUCUGACCUCUGUGGAGCUGAGUGACAUGUCACUGAGGGACCUUCAAGCUGUGAAGACAUCAAAGCCAGACCUGACCAUCCUACAUCCAAAACUAGACACACAUCCUCAGCCUCUCAAGAGAUGAAGCAGUGUCUUCCGAGGCCCUGGAAGCCAGAACAGGGUAAAUGAUGCUGUAAUAAAAGCCCUUAUGAAGAUGUUCUCCCCAUUCAAAAGCAGGAAGAUGCCAGCUUCUCCCUCAAGGCAAGUCUUUCAAGUCAAGAAGCCACAGAAGGGCAAACAAAAGACCCAGGUAGAUAUAGGCCCUUGAUGGCUCCUGGAUAGGCCUGGUACAUGUCCGACCAUGCCUUGGACACUCUGAGGUUAGUUUUUCCCCCAGCCCCACAACCACUGCUACCUUACUUUCUGUACCCUCCAAUCUGUCCCUUGCAGAUAAUCCCAACAAUAAUAAGAAUAUGCAGUAAUUGA